AUGUCCCUUAUGGAAACUUCGUCUCUUCAUUCGUUCGAGACAAAUCAAUCUUCUAUUCAAGGCUAUUCGACACCGCCUCGAUCAAAUAUUCCACCAUCAACGAAUCGUUCAUUUUCUGAACUUUUUCAUCAUUCAAAAAUUUUAACCAGUAAUGAACUCAAACGACGUUUUUCUCCGAUGAAAAAACGUCGACAUCAUCGUAUAAGAAAAAAUGAUUCCAUUGUACCAUUAAAACGAAAUCUUAAUAUGCCUGUGAUAUUAGAAAAAUUAUUUGAUUACAAAGAAGAUCAUGUAUCCAGUAAAUCAAUCAAUGACAACGAUUGUCUAGUUCCUCUAUCGUCUGCAAAUUGUUCUCUUAUAUCAUCGAAAAUAAUUCACCCGCAACCUAUUUAUGAUUGUUCCAUAGCAAAUUCAUGCAAAAUUAAACAAGAAAAAUUAUUCUCAAUAUCCGAAACAACGAUGAAACAAAAGUUUCAAACAUUAUUCCAAAAAAAUUGA